GAAACCUCUGCCUGUAAAAAGGACACCUCAGUAACGCUGUGUACUGAUUACGAAAAUUAAACCUGAAAUUUAAUCUUCAUUAAUACGUAUGAAGCGCACGAUGACUGGAAGUAGGCUCCAUUAAUACGGCGCCCUUGCACCGUAUUUGUUUUGAAGUGGAACGUGUGUGCAUGAUAUCAUUCGGCUCAAUUGCCAAUUCAAACGUGAUUUUCGGAUAUUUAUGCAAAGUUGCGUACCCAAAUUAACUUAGUCGCAAACUUUGUGCUUUGUUGAAGAUACUUGGCUACUUCCAACAUCCUGUCCCCGCGUUUAUGUCCGUCACUAAGAAUUAAAUGUACCCCGUCAUCUGUUCAAGGAACGUCCUAAUUUUGCAUUAAUUCAAACUCAGCUGACAAGUGAAAAAAAAAAAAAAACGAUUUUGGAAAGAACUACGAUAAAAUGCCAUUCGAUUUUGCGACAAAAUCAAUACUGAUUCUUCUACUGUUCUUGGCGGUGAGCAAUUCACAACAGAAUGAGACCUUAGAUUUGGAACAGAUUCUCACAGAGCAGAACAAUCUUUUAUUUAACAUAUCCCGAUGCAUUUCUUAUCGCUACGUUCCGUGUGAGUUGGAACACGCGAGUGACUUCGUGUUAUUUGAAGAAAGUGAAGAAAAUUUUUUAAUAUUUGAGAAAAAGUGCAUCUCGUAUAGGUAUAUUCCUUGCCAAGACGGUUGGAACGCACUUACAAUGGUCUAUGAAAAUGAGAAAGAUUUUCUUCAAAGGGAAAAUGCAAGAACGUCACAAAAAUCAUGGCAGUGCCAAACAGAACAAAUUCGGGAAAAGAAUGAAUCUGGCGUAUUACUUAAAAGGCUAGACGAAGAAAACAAGUACCUGGAGCUCAAUCUUACCCAAUGCGUAAAUGAAGGAAGAAAUCAAGUAUCGCAGUUCGAAUCCGAGAUCGCAAGUUGCCACAUUUCAAAUCAAUCCUUACAAGAGAAUAUGGUUAUAAGUGAAACAAAGAAAAAUACAUUGAAAUCAGGAUUGGAUUGGUGUAUAAGCGAUGGGGAAAAUCAAACAUCGUCCAGUGGGGCUGAAAUGCAAAAAUGCCACCAAAUAAAUUUAUUUUUAAGUGAAGCAAAUUCCACUUGCAAUUCAGAAAAGAUGAAAACACAAUCAAAUUACUCUCGGUGUACAAGUGAAGGAAAAAACGAAUCGAUGCAGUUUGAAAUCGACUUUAAAAAUUGCCAAGAUCAAAGAGAUUCAAUUAGCUUAAGUUCUUCAAACUGCGAAAGUGAAAACAAGGAAAAAGAACUGAACUUGAUCGAGUGCCAAAGCAAAAUGAAAAACAAAACCUCAUUUUAUGAAACUGAACUGGAAAAUUGUCAAAAUUUAAGUAAUUCAUCAGAUGCACAACUUUUAAGCUGUGAAACCAAACACACAAAAAUGGAAUCCAACUUGACAGAAUGUUUGAAAGAAGGACAGAAAACCACGUUGAGGUUUCAGGAUGAAAUAGAAAACUUACCAAGCUUUGAAUAAUUCUCUGAGUGAAAAAAUUCACAACUGCCAAACAGAAAAAAAUUACAUUUUAUCCAACGUAGCUAAAUGUUCUAAUGAAGUGCUCAAUAGAUCAUUAGUCUUGGAAUCCCAAGUGGACCAACUACAGGCAAACAACACUGUCUUGAAUGAAAAAAUCUUGUUGUGCAACUCAGAACUGGCAAGAGCAACGUCAAAUUUCACCAAAUGUCUUAACGAUCAAAAUACUACAACACUUUGGUUUCAGACUGAAAUGAAACGUUGUCAAGAUGCACGACGUUCCGUAGACGUGCAAAUAGUCGCCUGUGAAACUGAAAAGAACCAACUAGAAGUCAAUUUGACCAGAUGUUUAAUUGAAACAGAAAAUGAUACGGUGGAAUGGUUUUCCACUGAAGGGAAAAAAUUUGAACUCCUUACUGGCGCCCACAAUGAAACUGCCUUUGCAUGUAGCGUCAAAAAACAGAAACUGGAGUCAAACUUAACUGAAUGUUUGAUGGGGUUUCACAGUAAAAUAAAAGCAUUGGAAGAGGAAAUCAGAAAAUACCAAUCUUUGAACUAUUCGCUGAGUGAACAAAUUGUCACCUGCCAUAAAGAAAAGGCUGAGUUAGCCACUCAAACAAACGGCUGUUUACUGGAAGCUAGCAACAUUACAAAGUUGCUAGAAGCUGCAAUCAACCAGUAUCAAACCAUGAGUGUUGAAUUAAAUGCAAAUGCCGCAUCCUGCAACACAGAAAAGACUACAAUCAUGUCGAAAUUGAUGACGUGUUUAAGUGAACAGCAAAAACGUACAACUCUGUCGCCAAUCGAACAAUGGAAUCGCGAAAAAAAUCUACUUGUCGAUUACAUGGCCUCUUGGUGGUUUAAAACCUCUUUUCCCAUUGUAUAUAAUCCACCUUCUUACGACAGUAUAAACGUGUACGUUCGAUACAAUACGGUACGUUUGGAACUCUUUCCACUCACGGAGGCUGAGAAACUCAAACCAGAGUACGGUGCUGUAAUUAACGACGUCUUAUCUUUCGAGUACAAUUUAGAUAUUCCAUCGUGUUCCUUCCCUCCCUCAAUCCGCUCUAUAUUUAUUGCUGUAAUAACGCAAGCUGAAAAUUUCGAGAGACGUCAUGAAAUUCGAUACACCUUUGCCAGUUAUAUAAGGGCUGUCGCGCAAAGAACUCCACCGAUUCUGAUAGACUUUGGAUUUUUCAUGGGACAACCUGAAAGCAGUUCGACUCAAACAAGAGUUGAAGAGGAAAGCUACACUUUUAGUGACAUCGUUCAGAUAAACAUGGACGAUUCCAACAGGAAUUCUCCUCUGAAAAUGGCUGCAGUUCUUAAUUGGGUGAAUAGAAAUUGCGCCAAAGUCGAUUUGGUUUUCAAGAUGGAAGAAGAGGCCAAAAUCACCAUAUUUAGCAUGGCUAAUUUUGUAAGGACUACGUACACUUCAACCAACAGCAUGUUUGGCAAACCUGGGAACACCAUUCCAGUUCGAGAGGGAUACAUGAGCACCACUGUGCAGCAACAUCCCUGGGACAACUAUCCUGAUUAUUUUGAUGGAUCGACUUAUUACAUUCUGCAUGGAACAACAAUCCUGCCACUGUUAGCUGCUAUGCAAACAACACCCUUCUUUCAUUUAGAGGAUGUUUACGUGACAGGCAUUUGUAGGGUAAAAGCUGGCAUCAGCAGAUUGAUUUGUGCCCAAAAUGACAGACCGGAAGUUUGUUUUGCAUAGUUCCUCAACAAAUGAUAAAUACCACAAAGGCCCCUUACAAUGGCCUGUAUAAUGUUAUAUAUUCAAUCGUAUUCAAUGAAAUAGAAGCAAAACUGAGGAA